AUGGAGCUUGAGCAAGAAAUACCCACUAGUUUAAAGGAGGUUACUCAGGAAAGAGUUAGUAAAGUAAAUGGAGCUCUUCAGUCUAACCCCUUUUUUCUCUUGGAUAAAGGUAUGGAAAUCCCCCAUGAGCUUUUAGUUCAGAAUAAAGAAAAUAUUCAAGAUAAUGAUAGUAGUGACAGUGUUAGUAGAAUAUGGGUAGGAUGGAAUCCUGCUAUUGUUCAAGUUACUUUAGUUCAUCAUACUUCUCAAGUUAUCUUUGUGGAUGUUUCUACUUCUUCUUCAAUGAGCUUUGUGGAUGCCUUUGUUUAUGGGGAUUUUAAUUCUAUCCUUAAUCCUUCUGAAAAAGUUGGAGGUUCUGCUAUUCUAUCUUGUCAUUAUGAAGCCUUUUCAAUAUGCAUUCAACAAUCUUUUUUGUUAGAUCUUCCUUAUUCAGGUUGUUUCUAUACUUGGACCAACUGUCAACAAGAUGGCACAAUUAUCAGAUCUAAAUUGGAUAGAGUGGUGGUUAAUAUGGAAUGGAUUUCUCAGUUCCAACUUUCUAAAGCAGAUUUCCUUCUACCAGGUAUUUCUGAUCACUCGCCAAGUGUGGUGUCUGUUUUUACUAAUCGGGUUCAUGGCCCUCCUCCUUUCAAGUCUUUCAAUUUUUUGACGGAUGAACCUGAUUUCAUGGAUUUGGUUAAUAAUGUUUGGAAUAUACAAAUAAAUGGAAAUCCUAUGUAUGUCUUGGUUAUUAAACUUAAACUUGUUAAAAAGCGCAUUAUCCCUUGGAAAAAACUAAAGUUUAGAAAUGUCUAUGAGAAAAUGCAUGGUGCUCAAGCUCAGUUGCAGGCUUGUCCUUUAUAUACAGACUUAGCUAGAAGAGAAAGAGAGUACGUUGCUGAGUAUGUCAAGUCCAGAAACAACAUUCUGUCUCUUAAUAAUGAUAAUAAUGUUACUCUGACUGAGGAUAAAGACAUAGCUAAAGUUUGCAUUGAAUACUACUCUGAUCUCUUUAAAUGUGAUUAUAAUUCUUCUAAUAUAUCUGAUUCCUCUAUGGGUCUGAAUUUUAACUCUUGUAUCCAACAAGAUGAUAUUGUUGAUUUGAUAAAAGAUGUGACUAGAGAAGAAGUGGUAUUAGCUUUAAACUCCAUUGGUUCUAGCAAGGCCCCAGGUCGUGAUGGUUUUUCCAACCAUUUUUUUAAAUCUUGCUGGAAUAUUGUGGGAAAUGAUUUUGUAGCAGCUAUUCAGAAUUUCUUUAGUAAGUCUAAACUUCUCAAAGAAAUUAAUAGUACUUUUAUAAUCGUGAUUGCCAAAAAGAAGAAUCCUUCUGUUGUUUAUCAUUUUAGACCUAUCUCCUGA